AUGGAGCUGAACCCGUUCACCUUGGUGCCCCACUCGCAGGAGAAGUUCAACUACCUGGGGGCGUUCGACAUCCAGCGGUGGUACGACGCGGUGGCCGGCGAGAAGGAGCUCAGCGGCGGCGGCGGCUGCACCAUGCGCAGCCGGUUUGUGCCGCUGACGGUAGACCAGGCGCGAGCCCUCGCCAAGGAGCACAAGCGGCGGCGACGCCUGGGAGACGAAGCCGAGGCCGAGGCCGGCCACGCCGGCGGCGCGCCAGAAGUCAUCAACGAGCUCGAACGCACAAUUCAAAACGUGAUCGACACCGACUUCAACGGCGGAGCCGUGUUCGUGCGGCUGUCGACGCAGAGCCCGAAGGACGUGGGCCGUGGGUGGACCGAGCACCCGCGCGUGGUCCCGAUCGUGCGGGAGGAGCUGGCUGCGACCGAGUCCGAGGGCCGCACCCUCAACGACCGCAUCCGCGCCCUCUUCGCCGCCUCGCUGCGCGUGAUGAAGGUCGAGUCGGGCCGCGGCGCGCUCGACCUACUGCUCAAGAGCGAGCGCAUCCAGAGCAGCGUGCUCCACGCCCUGGCCAACGCCGCUGAGGCCCGGUGGGACCUGUGCGUGGUGGUGCGGGCCUGGGAGGAGUCGAUGCGGCUCGACCGCGAGUUCCGCACCUUCGUGGUGCGGGAUCGGGUGGUGGCGAUCACCCAGUACAACGAGUACUGCCACUACCCGGCCUGGGCCGACCAGCACCAGCUCAUCGCCGACAAGAUCCACCACCUCUUCGUCCACCAAGGCCUCCGCGACAAAGUGCCGCGGGCGUACCGCGAGUGGGCUUACGUGGCGGACUUUGUGCUCCUGGGCGAACCGGAGGAGAGGGCCGACCUGCGCGUGCAGCUGGUGGAGAUCAACCCGUUCGGUCCGGGCACCGGCGCGUCCCUCUUCGACUGGCGCACCGAGCGAUGCCUCCUCCAGGCCGGCCACGACCUCUGGGGCGACCUGGACUCUGCGGCGGCGGCCGCCGCAGCUGCGCAGCCUUCGGACAUCGACGCGUGGACCAAGACCGUGGCGUGCCGCGUGGGCGACGGCGACGAUGAGCAGACUGUGGUGGUGCGGAUGGCGACGCGCCCCAACCCUCGCGUCGACUCCUCGUUUCUGUCGUCGUUCGGUAUCGAUAUCUUGGUGCCCGCUCUCGACGAUGACCAUGAAGAGGACGACGACGACGAAGAUGAAGAUGACGACGACGAGGAGGAAGAAGACGAAAAUCAAGAGGCGAUCGACGAGUUCGUGGACGAGUUCGUGGCGGAGGCGAACCUGCGCCCGGUGGUGCGGGAGCACUGCGCGGGCCGGUUCGUCCGGAGGCGUACGCCCGAGUUCGUGGCGGGCGCUGUGGCCAGCGUCCAGGCCGACCCCGCGGCCCAGGCGUGGCUGCGCGAGCGCGGUCUCGACUGGGCCGGCGCCGUCGAGAAGGCCGUGGCCCGCGCCGCCAAGCAGUGGUACGCCUACUCCAUCGCCACCAGCUCGUGA